GCUGCGUACUUGCGUAGGCGCCGCGCGCUAGUAUCACUGCACAAGGCAGCCUCAACACGCGCCUCGAAACGUAACACGCGCUCGAACGAAACGAUCUGUGAUAUAGUGUUAAGUUACGUAUAUAAUUUAGUUUUGGUAACAAGUGAAGUGCCAGACAGAACAAUGAUUCAAGUGAUGCUUCGUAGCAUCAUUGUAGUUCUGUUAACUGCAAACCUCGCACAAUGUAUCUCAGUGGUAGGACCGAGGGUGUUACGCCCCUUCAGUUCAUACAGCGUGGCCAUCGCGGGAGGUUCGCGGGCUUACACCCUAUACGUAGCAGUAGAGGGUCGGCGCAGCAAUGGAGAGCAGUUCACACUGGGACGGCAGGUGCAAGUCCCGCCCGCUACGUCGCGACAAGUUGAUUUCGAUAUCGACGACCCAGGCCCCGGAGAGUACUCGCUGGUGGCUCGUUCGACCUCGGGGCCGCUGUUCUCUUCUGCUGCACCUAUAGUGUACCAGCCACGCAGCUUCUGCGUCUUCGUGCAGACAGACAAGCGAGUGUAUAAACCGGGGGACACCGUUAACUUCGCGGUCGUAGCACUGAACAAAUAUUUGCUUCCACUGAAUGCACCGGUGGAUGUAAGUCUACUCGACGCGGGAGGUGCACCUGUGUGGCAGAAGCUGGCAGUUUCCUUAGACAGAGGAGUCUUCACAGACCAGUUCGUCAUAGCAGACGAGCCGGCAUUGGGAGAAUGGACUAUACAGGUGGAAACACGCGAGCAAACUUACUCGCGACACAUCCUAGUAGCGGACUACGUGAUUCCUAAAUUCCAGAUGGAUAUUAACCUGCCAAAGCAAGCGUUCUUCACUGAUGGCCGAUUCACUGUCAAUAUUACUGCUAAGCAUUUCAACGGUUUACAAGUGAAUGGGGAACUAACCGUAUCAGCAUACGCAGUAUUCUUCUCUCAGCUUCUACAGCCUGUGUUCUCGCCACCAGCCCGCAAAGUUCUUGCGUUCAAAGGCAACGCACAAGUAGUAUAUGAUUUCAAGACAGACCUUGAUUUGGCUGUAGAUGCCGCGAGGCCAGUGGUCGUCGAAGCGGUUCUAGAGGAAAAAGAUACGCUCAUAAGACAGAAUGUUACGUCCAGAAUAUUGCUUUUGAGAACGCCGUAUAGACUUAAAGUAACCGCUCCGGAUUAUGUUAAGCCGAUGCUACCUUAUAAUGUACAGAUCGAAGUAGUAGACCCAACGGGGCAAAUCAUAGACGUUAACGAAGAUGUAACAGUAGAACGACUUUGGGACGAUGGAGCUCCGGUAAAUGUGACCACACUUUCGCUUAAUCAUGGAGUCGCCACAUACAGCUUAGUACCAGACGCAGCCCAUAUUAAUUCCACUCUUAAUUUGGUGAUAAAAUAUAAAGAAGUAUCAGAGCGUGUAGUAAACGUGCAAAGGAAUAGCGAUUCGGGAGGACAGUUCUUGACCGUGGAAAUUCUUACUCGAGAUACGACUGAAGGAGGCGAGAUGCGUGCUCGCAUCACAGCGACGGAACCUAUGGACUUAGUGAACUAUGUGGUGAUCGCGCGUGGAGAUAUUGUAGUCGCAAAGACCCUCGAGUUGAAUCCGGCGCGGCGCAGCGUGGACGUAUCCGUUGAAGUAACUCAUCAAAUGAGCCCCGGCUGCGUGUUGCUAGCAUGGUAUCCACGCCUCGACUCCACCAAUGCCAUGCUCGCAUCAGCUGUCUACGUGCCGCAACGAAAUCUACUCAAACAUAAGGUAUCGGUGCGGCCAGUGUCAGCGUCCAACUUCCAACCGAACACACUGGCCGAGCUGCAAGUGUCGGGCGCGGGUGGCGCUCGUGCCGUAGUAAUGGGUGCCGACGCAGACGCCACCGUCGCCGGCCUCGCGGGCGCCAACGGGCUGGGCAGCGGCCUCGAUAUGAACACGAUCCAACGUGAAGUGGAAAGUUUCACUGGCCUUAAGCAUUCGGUAUUCAAGAACGAGGAACAUUUACCUGGCCUAGGUUUAGACCUGGGAGGCUAUACGUCUAGAGAUGUAUUCAAGAAUGCGGGUGUGGUGAUUUUGACUGAUGGAGUCAUAAUUCAAAACGGAGUGGAUCCAAAGCACGAAGCCCCCGAGUCUGGCACGCGGCCCCCACUAGCGGGCCCGUAUGCCUUCAGUCGGCUGCCGCCACCGCCGUCGCCUCGCUAUUACCUCACUAUAGCACCACUACCUACGUGGACAUUCGGCAACUUCUCCCUUGACAACGACGGCAAGGGAUCAACCGGACGUUUUACACCUCCACCACAAGUGCCCGUAAAGUUGACAAUAGGAGCAUUCGCCGUGGACCCACAACUGGGCUUAGGCUUAGCUUCACCGCAAAGCUUCGCGACCGCAGUGCCUUUAUCCAUCAGUUGUCAACUACCCGCUACAAUGCAACGAGGCGAGACUGUCGCCGCUGUGGUCGUACUGAAGAGCACUCUCACUGUCGACAUAUCCCUCGAAGUUACGUUGUAUAAUACUGCACAGUUCUUCGAAUUCGAACCUUUGGACAACGACAUCAAUGCAACGAAAAAAAUCGAAACAUUCAAUCGCUUACGAGUAUCAGUGCCGGCAGAAGGCUCCGCCAGUACAGCGUUUUUGAUCACUAUGGUGCAGACGGGCCGUGCCGAGUUGCUUAUUGACGCCAAGGGCGGCGGCGUAUCUGCUACCUUUUCUUCCACCAUAGAUGUCACUGAUGGAUACGAAGAAGAGGUGUGGACUUGGAGUAUAUUGAACGCGAGGAACGGAGUAGCGCGCGCCAACAUGACUUUAGAUCCAGUAGCCGGAACGCGCUUAGGUCCUGUAUACCUGCAGGGGACGGAAGAUUUGCUAGCGUCGGCAUUGCACGCUCUAAAAACACCUCCCGCGCCAUCUGCGGACCCCGUUCACGCCGUUCGACCGCUAGCCGUUGCCUGCGUACUAUUGGAAUAUCUGCAGAAUAUGAAUCACGAGACCGUUUCUAUAGCGAAAGACGCACAAGUUUUAGCUUCCCUGGGCUACCAAAGACUCAUGGCAUAUCGCCGUUCUGACGGCUCCUUCGCCUCUGAAACCGACCGAGACUCCAAGGGAGAUGUUUGGAUGACUGCGGUAGCGGCGAGAUGGGUGUCCCGUUGCGCUCGGUUUCUAGAAGUUUCACAAGAGGUAGCCUCCACUGCUUCAGAGUGGAUAUCAAACGUGCAACUACCCAACGGUGGUUGGGGUCUUGCGCCUACAGUCAAAAACAAUCCGCAUGCACAAGCGCCGAUACCUUUAGCAGCACACGCGUUACUAGCGCUUAUACAGGCUAAGGGUCAAGACAUCCAUUACAAGAACGCAAUCAACAAAGCCGUGGACUUCCUCGCAAAGGAGCUGUCUCCAUCGCUAGACGCGUACACUCUCGCAGUGGUCAGCAGCGCUUUAGCCGCUGCCAAACAUCCGGACGCUUCUAUCGCAAUCCAGUAUAUGGACAAAUACAUCAAUAAUACCGGCACUACAUUAUUCUGGUCACGAAAAGUAAGCGCCAACGAAUGGCGCAACCCGUGGUUGAAGGCGAACAGUUUGGAAGCCAACACGGCGGCGUGGGGAUUACGUACUAUGCUCGCCACUCGUCUCGAAGAUAAGGCAGAACCAGUCGCCAGAUACCUGAUGCAAUCGUACCGUCCAAUGCAGCCGGAUCCUGAUGUAUUAGACGCGUUAGCUCAUUACGCAGAGCUGAUGAAAACUUCGACAAAGUUAAGAAUAACUGUCAACGUCAGCGGUUCUGAAGAGCUGAGAUAUAUCCAGAUAGGUGAUAGCAAUCCACUCAUCAUUCAAAGGCAACAGGUCGGCAACCCGCGAUGGGUGAGUGCGGUGAGCGAAGGGCGAGGCUUAGCAGCAGUGGGACUGUGGGCGAGCGGCUCGACCAACGUGACGGGUGCCUGGCCGCGAUAUACACUGGACCCGCGUGUCGACCAGGUGUCGACUCCACACCGCAUGCAGCUGUCCAUAUGUAUCGGGUUCGUCCCGCAGGGCAACGAAACAGAAAGUGGACUCACUUUGCUGACUGUGCAACUUCCAUCCGGCUAUUUGGCAGAUAUCAAUACGAUAACUGAGUUAACAUCCGCGCGCAUGGUGCGUUCGGCGCGCGUGAUAGCAGACGGAGCACGCGUAGUGGCGUGGCUGCGACCGCGGCGAGCUGAACGCUGCGCCACAUUAGCGGCCCCGCGCGCUCUCCCCACCGCCCGACAGCGACCCGGCUGGGCCACGCUGCAGGACCUAUACGACUCCAGUCAUCGAGCACGGGUAUUCUUCCACCCGUUGCAGAGUACACCGUGUGACAUUUGCCGCGUGUGGGAGUCAUGCGCGCGCGCAUGCGGCUCGGCCAGUGCGCAACUUCCGUCCAAUAACCCGUCCAACAACGAACCGGACGCGGCCUACCUUACAAUGCCAUCUGUAUUACUGUUAGCACUCACGUCACUAGCGGUCACGUACUUUAGCGUGAGCCACCAGUAAUUAAAUAUCUAAUAUUCCCAGCCGCCCCCGCGGGAAUAGGGUAUUUGAAAAGUUUUAGAGAACGAUCUCACGUCAUAUUUUUAUUCUGUUGUGUAAUUCAGUAAAAUAACACAAAAUUAAAAAAUUAACUUUCUCGUUGCCGCUAUACGUUUCUCUGGACAUUAUGGCAUCUCAAUAAUGUGUGACGUCACACGACUGUGACGAACAGAACGAUCACAACUUCAAACGAUACAAUGUAAUGUCGCUUUGGCCGGAAGUCUACUAGUUUGUGACGUCAUUUUAGUCUUGGCCAAUCCCAGGCGUUUUCGGUCACGUGACCAUGGAGAAAAAAAAUGUUAUUUAAAAGUUUUAUAGAAAAGUUAUUAAUUAUUUAUUUAUUCAGAAUAGUAAAAUCGCUGCUUAAAUUCAUAAUAUUAAAUACAGAUGCCAAAAAAUGGUACAUUAUGUUUCAUACUGUCAAAUAGCCAAUUGCCAAAGGCGGCAAAUGGGAUUAAAAAAACUGAAGUAGGGGCAAUGAAUUCAUAUCCAUUUGCCUCCGGUGGCAAUCCCCGCGGGGGCGACUGUGAAUAAACGUUAAGCAUACACUUUCGGUACAUCUAUAGGCCCACUUACUGUUAUAAAUUUCAACUAACUGUCUGUAGCAAAAAUACAUGUUAGGUUGAGCAAUAUAUAAUAUACUUUCAAAACACACGAAAUAUUUGGUUAAUAAGUCAGCUUCAAAAGUGUGUAAAAGUUUUUGCUUAAUUAAACAUUUAUUUUCAACUAGGGACCGUCAAAACUUAUAACUAUGUAUCUGAAAGUAUCUAAUCGAAUUCUAUUUCUGAUCCGUGGUAACAUUGACACAUUCAUUUUUUCAUUUGUUUCACUCGUGACUUACUGCACCGCAACUUGCGCUAACUUCACAGCUGCCACUGAUUUUGAAUCACCGGCUAAUCAUACCGAUCAAUAGUUAUCCAUAUUAUCUAUUACUAAUUUCAUGGACCAAAAAGCCACUGAAAUACUUUGCCCAUACUUAAAUUUAUUGUUGAAGUAUUCUCAUACACAUUCCACUUUUGACACAUAAUAAAGUUAUCUUGCUGACUUAGAAUAAUAACGCCUAGAAGCCUAGUACCCGCAUGAAAAAGGCGCAACUCAAAGUGCGCCAUCUUGCUUAGUUAGCCCCGCGAGCACUGAGAAAACUGAAAAUGAUAGUUUUUACUGUUUAAGAAUAGUUCUUACACAUUUGAAAACUAAAGUGAGAUAGUAUACUUCAUGUACGUAAUAUCGACUAAAAUCAAUUAUUAAUACACGCAACUUUUUACAAUACAAUGUUGCUAGUUGUGAGAAAAAAAAUGCUCAGAUAAUUUUAAUUGAUUCAUAGGUAAAUACAAUACUCAUUUUGUAUACUUUUCCGCAUAUCACUAUUUUGAACUAAUAUAUUGGUAUCACAAGCUCCAUAAAAGAUAAUUUAUUCAUUAAUUAAUGGUUUAUAAAAGUAAAUUUUUUGUCCUUGUAAUUUUACUCUCGUUAUAGUUUAUAAUAAUUUAAAUAAACAUGAUAAUUUUCAUCCGGCCAAAUACUUUGGUAUCGCAUAAGAAACCAUCACGUUUCCCCAUUUUGUGGGCUUGCGACUAGUAAUGGUAACAGUAAAAUCAUCUAUUUGUGUGCGUAGAUACAGUCAACUUACGCUCACAAGAAAAUGAAUUGGCACACAUUACCGCGCUUGUUUUGGUUAUGCAACGGCUUAUAAGCGUUUUUAUUAUAAGUUUUAUAAAGAUGUUUAGUAAAAAUACCGACUGAAAUCAUAAAGUUACAAUUGUAACUAGUAAUAAAUUUAGAAUCAAAUUCAGUUUUUUUUGUGGUAACUAUUCGUUCUUCGAUUUAUGAAAUCAAUGGUUUUGAAUAGAAUUUAAGAAAUAUGUAUUAAGCGAUAACCAUACCUAAUCAAAGUCUGUGUAAUUUUAAUAAGAAAAUGAUUGUUUAGUGUAAAUAGAUAAGGUGUUAACUUAUAGUUAAGUACUAAGUUAUUAAUAAUAAAAGAUUAAAAC